UCUCCUCCUCAAGUAUAAACGAGGAGCCUUGCUUAGUUCCCCGAGGACACCGGAGAGCAAACAACACGAACCUCGUAUGACGCAUGAAACCAGAGAAAAAACGAGGGUUGGGUAAUUAUUUUCAACACUUCUAUUUGGGCUAUAAAAGUGAACCUUUUGCCCCACAUUGCACUUUAGCUUCUCCCUAUUUUCACCUAAAUUGAAGUUCGUAUCUCGUGCAGUUGUUUUAGGAGUCUGGGAAACAUUGCGAAUAACGGCAGUAUGACACUCGGGAAAUCUUAAAUAACUUUCUAUAACAACUCUAAUUGCCCUACACAGAUUAAACACUUAUUCCUCGUUAUUCAAAACACUGUGCGUAGCAUUUCAUUUCUCAUCAGUCACACCUGGAGUAGCAUGCCAGGCGCGGCACCAGGCAAACCUUUGCAACAGUCAUUAAAGAGCCUAUCUGUCUCCACUGACAUUGUGCUUUCCAUAGGCGAUCAGCAUCAGUCCGCUUAAAUGCAGUGAUUUAUACAACUUCAUGUGCGUCUUUCGAGUCGGCAUUUGCACCGAUGAACGAGUCUUAUUGUUACCGCGAAUGUCUGCGUGCUGUAAUAUCAUUACAUCUUUAUCACAGGAGAGUAUGCAAGCAGAAGUACUACUCGCUGCCCUGUGGCUGUCUGCGGUCGCCGCCCAGAUGAAAUCGCCGUGCCACGAGCAAGCGGGUCUAUAUGUGGAAGCUGUGCUACUGCAGGACUGUAUAAUGACUCGCAAAGGCUACAAUCAAGCGGACGUCGAGUGUUACGUGAUCGAGAAGCCGAGUUCACAAGUCCCUCCAAAAGUAGGCGUCAUAAAAGCUACUGCGACGCUGCACUCCAACCUCUCAUUGUGGACAGUUCGUGAACGCAUUUGGGGGACCUGCGAGUCUCUUCGCAAUUUUAGCUUCGAAUGUUGUUACCAGCAUAACAGAAAUGAAACAUCAUCACAUUCUGCUCAUGAUGUAAGUAACCUUCGACGCAUUGCGCAGUUUAAUGAGCUCAUUACAGCACAGAUUGGAGGAUGCGCAAGAAAUCAUACGCAUAUUAGCUGUAGCGUAAAGGUGUUCAUACCGUUAUCGGUGAAGGAAGAUGUGGCUGACAAGCCUAACAUAUUACACAACAAAUCACAGAACACGUGCCAUGCUUACAUUGAGACGCCUGGUGGGGUCAUCUCGGACUCUGCUGAUGCCACAAAUGUCACCUUCCUCGAAGGCAAUGAAAGUUUGUCCGAAAUAUUGCAAAGUCAGGACGCCUUUAAAAACGCUACGCGAGUUAUAUUAUAUGGCUGUUCGUUCGACGCGUUUGCAUUAGUUGACUUGAAGUUAGCACCAAAUUUGCAACACCUUAAAUUUUAUGGCACUUCAUUGAAAAAUGUGACGAAUGGUGCGUUAGGACCUGUUCUGGGCGUGCAAAAGCUAUCGUUCUUAAAGUCCAGAAUGAGCUCAAUUCCUCAAGCGAUCUUUUCCAUCGACACUCUUCAAAGCCUAAGCGUUAAGCAUGCACUAAUUGGGUCUAACGGAUCUUUCUCAAUCGUUCCAUCGAGCCGUAUGAAGAACAGUUCGAUCACGAAUCUGAACUUAAAAGGGACAGCGUUGUAUUCCCUGGCUGAUCGUGCCUUCUGCAACUUUCCUAUGCUUGAAAAUUUGAACUUACAACUGUGUUCUUUGAAGAUUAUGUACGGCUCCCCUUUCAUCUGUCUCCAACGCCUAAGGAAUCUAAAGCUCAAAAACAACGAACUGACAACUAUCACUAACGAAACUUUCCAAGGCCUGGUGAGCUUAACGGCACUGAGGCUCACGAAGAACAGGAUAGCAUUUCACGAUCCUACACCUGUGUUCGCUCCACUGGUCAGUCUGGACAUUCUCCAUUUGGGCGACAACAGGAUCGAUGUUCUCUUUCCAGAAAUGUUUGUCAGUCUUCCUGUGACGAAGCUCACGCUAGCGCUCAACUACAUAACGGCGUGGUCGGCACCUAUCUUCUCCCGCAUGACUUACCUAAAUAACUUGCGCCUGGAUGGUAACAAGAUUCGCGUCUUGGACGACACCAUGUACAAGGACGUGGCCAACGUGUCGAACGUUCGCAUCUGCUACAACCCUUGGGAUUGCACCAACUGUGACAUCAAGAACGUGCAACUGUUUCUGCUCGAAACUGGCCGCCGCAACCACUGCUGUGUGGAUUGCGUCGUCUGCAGUGACGGCCAGGGGCGGCUAGCCAACAUCCUCGUCAUGGACACAGCUCCCGGUACCGAACAGGCAUGUCAACCACCAGACUACUACGUCAUGAUAGGUGUGCCAAUCAUUAUGAUCAUUCUUUUCGGCUCGGUGACGUCUUACGCAGUGUACACUAAAAGGUGGUACAUCCGCUACUUCCUGCUCUUCCUCCGCGUCAAUGUCAAGGCCUACCGGCGACUGCGUUCGGCGGACCGCAUUCUGUGGGACGCCUUCGUCUCCUACCACAACUCGGACGCCGAAUGGGUGUGCGAGCACAUAGUUCCGACGCUGGAAUCAACGGCGCUUCGAUUCCGUUUGUGUGUAGCGGAACGGGACUUCAUACCGGGACUCCCAAUCGCAGAGAACGUGUGCCGUGGCAUAGCGCAGAGCCGUAAGUCGUUGUUCGUGCUGAGCAGCCAGUUUUCCACGAGUCGCUGGUGCAUGUUUGAGCUUACGCUGGCACAGCAUCGCCUGUUCGAGUCGGACCGUGAGAACCAGAUGGUCUUCAUACGCCGGGAGCCGAUGGACGAGUCCACGCUGUGCCCUUUGCUGAGAUACCUGUUGAGGACGAAGACCUACGUCCAGGCACCGCCCGAAGACGCCGACGAAAGUGUGCGCGACUAUUUCUGGCUGCAGCUUCGCGCGGCAUUGGAGUUGUAAAUAUGGCGCACUUUAGCGUGCCAGUUACCGUUUUCCUAGCUAC